ACAGAAUCGUUUGCCUCGGCUGGCUUUGUUCUCUCUCCUUGACUAUUUUAGAAUAGUUUUCAUUGAUAUUGCGUCUGUUUGGAAAUCUCCGUGCAUUCCCCAUCAGUUAUCCCAAGUGACUAAUGUCCCAAGUAUAAUUUUCCUUGGAAGUAAUUCUUGCUAGUGAAUUUUUUCGUGUCUAGAAUGUCGGCGCGUUCACCUAACCUCUUUCUCUGAAACUUUCCCCUGUGUCAAUUUUGAUGCUUCAAUAAGUUUCCUUUCAUUCAGAAGAAAUGGGCAGCAACCAGAUGUACAGCCUCUCCUGGGGUGAUUUUGGGUCAUCUCUAGCAUCCACUUUUCAAAUCCUUCGAGGGCAGGGAGAACUGGUCGACGUUACCUUAUCAGCGGGUGGUCGAAUCUUCCCUGCCCACAAGUUGGUACUGAGUGCAGCCAGUCCUUUGUUAAUGGAAUUGUUGAAGAGCACUCAGUGUCAACAUCCUGUCGUAAUGUUAGCUGGAAUCACUGCUUCUGAUUUAGAAGCUUUACUGGCGUUUAUUUACCAAGGAGAAGUAAGUGUGGAUCCAUCUCAGUUGCCAUCUCUGCUUCAGGCUGCGCACUGUUUAGACAUUACAGCUCUAUCCCCCACCAUUUUGUCAACAGAUAAGCCAGUUUUUGUGAAUCAUCCACCAGAAGUUGUUGUCACACCCAGCACGGUAGACAUGUCAUCUGUCUCAAAUACUAGUAUGAUGCACAGUGAUGAGAGUAGUUCUGCUUUACCUGUCCGUAAGCGUAAACAAGUAAAACGGAAAAGCUCUGAGCUACCAAAUACCAGCAUGGGAGAAAAAUGGGCCCGAGUAGGAGAAGAAAAUACUGAUCCUGUCCAAGCCUCCAUGUCGGAUAGUAUGGUCUCCGUAAAACAUGAAGGAUCGGGGGAAGAAGGAGGUGCUAAAAAGUUAGUGUCUGAUUUACCUGUGGAAUGCUCAGUGUGUGGAGUGAUCUUAAGGCAGUCCAGAAAUCUCAGGAGACACAUGGAACUAAUUCACUUCAAAGUAGGACCGAAGCUACCUCGUGGUCGAAGGAGCCUCAAAGGCAAAAGUUUAAUGUCUUUAGAAUUGAAUACUGCAGAUAAUGUUAGUAAUAGUGAACAAAACGAUGACCCUCUGGCAGUGAGUGAAAGUGAGGUCAAAUUAUGCAUUUCGAGUAACGAAGCACAAACGUCACCAAUGGUUCACUCGGCCAUCGUAUCCCCAGAGCCCUCCAGUUCACACUCGAUGAGUCAGUCUCCACAUCCUUCACCAGCUCAAAUAAUUCACACUUCUAGAUCGUCAAGCACUGAUCAAAAUCACUCGCCUCUUCCUACUCACGUGUUAACGGCUCCAGUCGUAACACAACAAAUUCGACCACAUCUUAUAACACCGCAAAUGUACCAAAUACCAACUUCCGCCCAAUCACAAAUUGAAAUUCACCACACUCAAAAUGCUCCUGUUACAAUAUGUGAUUCACUUCAAACGACAUUUAUUCCGACUCAGGCCAUGACCUUCACCACACAAGAUUCCAACACUUUCCGGCAACAGAAUGAAAUAUUAAGAGGGGCUUUGUACUCCGACACAAGGGAACACUGUCAGACUGAGUAGAAUUCUGAUUCUAAUUCUCAUUUUUGUUCCUUUCUUGUGCAAUAUUAAUUAAAUCUGAAUGUCACUUAUCUUGUGGUGAUAAAUGAUCAUUUAUUUUUUAGACGCCAAAGAGGAUUGAUUCCUAGGGGAAAAAAAUCCUUAAGUUGUUGUAAUGAGAUCUUUUUUUAAAGCUAUCAUAUUGUGUGCUGUAAUGCAUAUUAAAGUUUCUACACCUAUAUUUUCUCUUAAAAGUAUAAAUACUGGUUUCAAAAACCGUGAAGAAAAUUUUUCUCAUUUUGAACCUAAAAAUAAGUCAACCUUUUUUGCAUUCCCUCAACUCUAGAAAAUUAAGUAAAUUUGUUUUGUUUUUCUGUGUAUUUCUUCCUGUGUAAGAAUCGGAAAUUGAUGACAAAUUUGAACCUGAAUCCGAAAGUUCUCUAAAUUUGAAUCUAUCAAACAAUUAAUUCUACCACUGUGCUUAACUUUAAUUUGAUAAGGUGCAUCAUUUUAACAUCAGACAUUUUUUUUUGAGUUUUUAGUUGUUCAAUUUGUCUUAUUUUAUAUCCUCCGAUUUUGCAUUAUUUUUUGAACGAAUAUUUCUUGGCAGAAGUUCAGAUGAUUUUCAGAAAUGUCCCUCCUAAAUAUUCUACAUUUUAUAGAUUUGGCGCUGUCAGUGCUACUGGACAAGUUAGUAUAGGGAACAGUUGCUGCAAUUAAAUUAGAUUCGCAACGGAGGAGGCCUCAGAAAGAAGGGCCCAUAAUAAUAGUCUGAACAAGCUCAUUUCUCCGAACAGCCGCUGUCUGGGAAAACAGCUGCGUAGGUACGAAUAUUACUACCUACUCAUCCAGAUUAAGGGGACAGGAAAAACACACUCGCCUAAGUUUCAUGCCACCUUCAGGAACUGUCCUCAAUUGUAUCCUGUAUCAAAUUGUUCUCCUGGAAUCCAAUAACCCAUCAGAGAUCCAUUUUUUUUUUUUUUUUUUUUUUUUUUUGGCUAAUUUUUUUAAGUUAAAACGAUUUGAAUUCAAAUUAAAUUUCUUUGGUAAUGUUAUCCUCGUGAUUUAAAAUAUAAAGUCAUCAGUGAUUCCUUUAAAUCUAAUUCAUCUCAUUUGAUCGAUUUUGGCUUGUAAAGUUUUCACUGCACAUUUCCAGAACAGAAGGAAGGAUCAUCAACAUAACAUUUGACUGAAAUUUUUUCCCCCUACAUACUGUUUGGUGACAGUGAACGUACCUAUUUUUAAAUACAGCUCCUUGGUUGUCAGCAGAUUCUAGACAAUCUCAUCUUACUUAUCAUCAACUUUUCGCACUGUUAAAAAUAAUUUAUUUUUCAAUGAAUAAAAAAUCUUUGAAAUGAUCAAAAUCCAACGCAGUAGAACUGAAGUCUUAUUGGACAAUUAGCUAAUGUAAUGAACAGCUAGAUCCAGUGUUUUUGUUUCGCUGUAGGGUCUCAAUUUAAUUUUGUUACAUUCCAAUACUUCCUUUCACGUACUUAUUUUAAAGUUUCAGCAUGUGUAAUUAGCACAAGCAUUAACGUAUAGAUGGCCUCAGUUUUACUUGAGAAACAACAAUUCAGUUAGCUUUUAUUUUUUAAUGUGAUUAAUAUUCUCAGAGUAAUGCAAGUUAAGUGUUAUUGUUGACAAAAACAAGCUCUAAAUACGUUGAUUUUUUUUUCUCACCAAGUAAACUCAGAAAUUCAGGAAAUAAUAUCAGCCCCUAUAAGUUGUUCCCUUUAGAUAAUCUGAAGUUUAGUUUCAGUAUAUCAAAAAUUCAGUAAUUGUGAUGUGACUUACCCUCGUGCAUUUGCAGUUGAGCUCAAAACCAUUGUAAGUUUGAUAUUGCCAUGUUGUGAACUUUAUUUCUUCCCAGGAAAACCAAUCAAUACAUUAUCAUUCUGUCUUCUCUACUUUUAAUUUGCUCUGAUUUUACUGUUACGGGUCCAAACCUAUAUGAAUUGGUCAAACAUAAUAGGAAGUAUCCUUUAAUAAGCCAUUGCCUCAUUGAAUUGAAACUUCUUUAUCAGUAAUGAAACUGAGGGCAUUUGCACGUCUAUAAGUCUAUUAAACUAUAUUUGGCCUCAAUUUUUCAAAAAUAUCUUUGGCCCUGUUUUCCUCCUUUUUUCUGGUUUCUUGCUGAAUUGCUUUGAGUAGAAGUAAAAAGAGAGACAAAGAAUUCAAUGUAGUUUGCACUCAUACCACCAUCACUCUAUUUGUACACACUCAUUGGAAAGAAGUUUCUCCACAUAGGAUUUUUUUAGGCAAUUCCUGUAUUCGAUUGAAUCCACUCUUGUAAGGUCACCAAAUCAGAAGUUCAACAACUACAAAAAAAGCUGACCAAAGCCUAUGCUAUCUACAAAAGCUGAAAUGGGAAAGGAAACAUGUAGUAAAAAAGGUGAAGGAACUUCAUUCCUUGAAACAAUCAGCAUCUUUGUCAGAAAAAAGGAAGUUCAGAAGACCAGAAUUUUGUGGGUCAUUAAUUGUAGGAUGGACGAAUCUCAUUUUUUCAAGUUGCAUCAGUUAUUUGUGACACUCACUAUUCCAAGCUUUUAGAGAUUCGAUCAAUCUUUUACCUCAGAGGUUAAUUUUUCCUUAUAUUGUUUGCGUCCUUUUGGAGUUAUGCAUGGAAAGAAAAAAAAUAAUUUGUCAUCAAUUAAGCUCAAAUCUGUCAGUCCUGAAUUACCUACUGCCCUUGUGCCAGUAUAAUUUCUUAUUUAUUAAAAUGUAAAUGCAGUCUGUUACGGAUCAUACAGGCCUACUUAAGUUAAACCUACACUUUGACUCUUAUUUUGUUUGUUACUUAGUAUGUAUGAAAAUAAUUUAUUGUUUCAUUUGAUUAAUCUAAGAUCUGUAAAAAUGUAUUUAUUUAAAUAAUUACCUAUAUUUGAUCAAAA